AUGCUCACCUCCGGCCUAACAAACGCACCCCUAACAAAACUCCUCCUAAUCUACACAAUCGCCUCCUCAAUCGCCCUUUCCCUCUUCGACAUAAAACACCUCGUUUCAAUCUCCAUCUCGCCCCAUUUCUGGCCCUACGCCCAAUUCUGGCGCGCGGCAGUAUGGCAUCUUGUCGGCUUUGCCAAUUCCACCGAGGCGCUCUUUGCCUCUAUGCUUGUUUAUCAUUUGCGCGUUGUUGAGCGUGCUUGGGGGCAGAGGAAGAUGGCUACCUUCCUCCUAACAACCCUCCCAUACACAACUCUCCUCCCACCCCUCCUCCUAUCCCUCCUCAUCCGCCCUCUCUCAAUGAACAACCUGAACUACCUACCCUCCGGCCCGACGGCUAUGAUAUUCGCGCUGUUGGCGCAAUAUCACGCGAGUAUACCGCAUACAUACCGGUAUCGGAUUGGGACGACGACUACAGCGCCUACUGUCGCCAACAACGCCAACAACACCACAGACAGCGCCACAGAACCCGAAACUACAGAGCGACCUGCCGAGAACUCGGACCCCAAACCUCCCAAACCAAGUCUGACCCUCCUCUUCUCGGAUAAAUCGACAACUUACAUCGUUGCUGCUCAGCUUGCGCUUUCUCAAUUUCCGGCUAUGCUCCUGCCCGCCGCGCUAGGGUGGAUUGUUGGUUUUGCUUGGCGUGCGGAGAUCUUGCCUGGUCUUUCGCCGGCUCUGAAUGGGCUUAGGGUUCCUGCUUGGGUUGUUGGGGAGAGCGAGCGGAGGGGUGUUGCUGGUGGUGUUGGUGGGGAGAGGGAGAGAUAUGAGGAUUUGAGGAGGAGGUUGGAGGGGGAGGCUGCUGCUUCGGCUGAGGCUUCUGGAUUGGAUGGCGGAGCGCAGGGUGUGCGGGUUGAUAGACGGAGUGAGACUGCUGCUGUUGUUGAUCGGUUGAGGGGGGAUUGGUAG